AUUCGACACUGGCGACGCCGCUGUCAGAGCGGCAGUUAAAGAAAUUAAAUAUCUCAAUAUCCAAGGAUUGAAUUUUUUUUUUAGGUUUUUAAUUUUUAGUUUAAAUUGUUUAUAAUGGAUGAAGAAGGUGAUAGUAUUUUGAUGGAAGAAAAUUAUUACCAGUUGCUGAAUGUCUCCAAGGCGGCAUCACCAGAUGAGAUCAACAGCGCAUACCGGCGGUUCAGCCGCAUGUUCCAUCCCGACAAGCACAGCACAGACCCAAACAAGCAGAAAUGGGCAGAGCAGAUCUUCAACAAAGUGAAGGAGGCGUAUGAAGUGCUGUCCGAUAACCACAAAAGAGCUAUUUAUGAUACAUUAGGUAAAAGAGGUUUGGAAGUAGAUGGCUGGGAAGUUAUAUUUCGGACGCGAACACCUAGAGAAAUUAGAGAAGAAUAUGAAAGGUUAAAGCGCGAGCGAGAGGAGCGGAGGUUGCAACAGAGCGCGAAUCCUCGCGGCACCAUCACACUCUCCGUCAACGCUACAGAUAUGUUUAUGAAAUAUUACGAUGAAUAUGAAAUCAUAGAAGAAUCAAAUAUCCUACCGAAUAUAGAGGUGUCAGGAAUGACCAUUCAGCAAUCUAUAGACUCUCCCAUAACACUGAGGGACACCAUGACGCUCUCAGGGAAUAUAUCAACACAGAACGGAAUCGGCACCGGUUCCGUGAACCUAUGCAACCGCCACCUCAGCUCCGAGAAGGGUUGGACGGAAUUUGAGUUCGGGAUAGGCAAUGGACCACUUCUGGGGUUCAAAAUGUUCCGUACCCUAUCCCGACUGAUGUUCCUCAACUGCGGCACUGUCAUGCAGUUUACGCCGAGGGGGAUCGUGCCUAGUCUUGUCUCAACAAUGGCGCUCCAACUGGACGCCCACUCAGUCGGUUACCUGACGUACCGCGCCGGCGGGCAGGGCGGGUCCUCCAUGACGUCCAUAUACGUCCGCGACUCCGAGAAGUACCACACCAACACGGCCAUCCAGCUCGGCAACCCGCACUCGUUCAUAUCCUUUAACAUCAUGAGGAAGUUACCACAGCACGAUAUGAAACUGCGCUUGGCGUUGAAACUCGGUACCUUCGGCGCCAUAGCAGAGUACGGGGCCGAGAAAAAGGUGUCUAAAAACAGCAGCGUGUCGGCCGCGGUCAUGCUCGGCGUUCCCAGCGGCGUCAUCCUCAAGCUCAAAUGGACGUGUUCAACACAGACGAUAGUGGUCCCCAUACACCUGUGCGAAGAAGUGAUGCCAUCACCUGUCUUCUACGCCACAGUGGUGCCCAUGGUCUCAUGGCUCAUUCUCAAGAAAUUAGUACUGGACCCCAUUGCGAGGGAGCGAUCAGAAAGGGAGCGGCAGAGAUCUAUGGAGGCUAACUUUGACAGGUUACAAGAAAUGCAGCGGCAAGCGCGAGCGACGGUGGAGCUGAUGCGGGAGACGUACUCCAGGAUCCGGAGCGACGAGGAGAAGAAAAAGGGCCUCGUCAUCCUGAGGGCGUUGUACGGGAAGCUACCUGCAGGAGCCACAAGUCACGAGGUAGAAGCCGAGCCGACGGGCGAUGCGGCCUCACCCGAGUCACCGACUGCUUACAGCGAAGUCAUCGACGUGACGAUACCCGUGCAGUGCCUCGUCAAGGACUCGCGGCUAGAGCUGUUGGAGGCGAGCAAGGCGGACCUGCCCGGAUUCUUCGACCCGUGCGUGGGCGAGGAGAAGCACCUCACCAUACAAUACAACUUCCACAAGAACCUGCACUGCUGCACCGUGGCGGACAGUCAGGCAGUAGUUUUGCCUCGCAACAAUCAUCGGAUAAAGAACAGAUCCUGAAGGUUAAAGUCGAGGAGCAGGUGCUAACUACAACGCCUAGUGAGCGCCCGGUGUUCAUCCUAUUAUAAAAUGUAAAUGUAUAGACAUAAUUUACUGAGCUCUAACAAAAUCCACUAAAUUUCAACCAAAGAUAGGCCCCGAGGUCUUGUCUUUUAAACCUGACAGUUAAUACCUUCGAGUGUUUCAGCCGCCACUUUGGCAGCUUUUAAUUUCGAAUUAAAAAGACUGCGCCAUCUUGUGAUAAUAAUGCGAAAACCCGUACGAAGUUGUAGAAAAUGCCAGGACCCUGUGAUGACACGGUAACGGCAGCGCUUAAAACGCUUAAAGAAUGACCAAAGGGAGCGGUUUAGAUUUUGCGGAACACCCAGUAAUUAGCACGCUGGAUUUGUCGCUGGCGACAAAUCUGCGGGCAAAUCCGAGAGUGAAAACGGUGUGCUGCUGAGCACAUUGAGUUUCGUAUCUUAGCCUGUCCCCAUAUUUUUCUCUCGUAAACAUAUAUUUAUGCGAAGGCAACAGAAUAUAAAAAUCAAUGCACCUACGAAAUUCUUAGUGCUCAGCGAUAGAACUUUAUCAUGGACAAAUCUACCGCGCUGAUUUCAAGCGCUCGUACGAGUAUUUAUGGCUCGCGGAUGGUGUAGUGAAGCCGCGCUUUAGAUUCAGUUUUUGCGGUUCCUAGGUUGCGGAAUGAAUGUACAUUUGCUGUGUAAUGUAUGAUACCUAACGUUUGUUAACAUUCCAUAUUAUCACUUGUAAAUGUUAUUAAACAGAAUACCGUGA